GCUCUUUGACCCUUUCGGCUUGGGCUAAACAUCCGGGGAAUGAAUAGUAAAAGUGAGUAAGAUGGCGGUGGCGGGGUUAUCAGUUGAUUGGAUCAAGAAUUGGGAAAAAUAUGGAAAAGCUGAAGUCUUACAGUUGUGUCGUAAUUUAACUGAAAGCAAAAACUACGAAGAAGAUGUGACAAUGCAAGCAGUUCAGCAGGUAGUGUACGAAGUGGCUUAUCACGUCAUCAGAGGUAAUCUAAAACAGGAGCAAGCCGCUAGUGUUCUCGGUGACAUAAUGGAACUACGAGAUGACAUGUGCUCCAUUCUGGCAGAUGUGUUUUGUAUUUUAGACAUUGAAACAAAUUGCCUAGAAGACAAAGUUAGAAGAGACCAUUUUACGCAGCUGGUCUUAGCAUGUUUGUACUUUAUUUCUGACACACUUCUGAAAGAGCGACUAGACCCAGAAACAUUAGAAUCUCUUGGACUCAUCAAGCAAUCUAUGCAGUUUAAUCAGAAAUCUGUAAAAAUAAAGACAAAACUGUUUUACAAGCAACAGAAGUUUAAUUUGUUACGAGAAGAAAAUGAAGGCUAUGCAAAACUCAUUUCAGAACUAGGACAAGAUUUGUCUGGAAACAUCUCUAGUGACUCAGUUUUAGAAAAUAUAAAAUCUUUAAUAGGAUGCUUUAAUUUGGAUCCAAACAGAGUUCUUGACAUCAUCUUAGCAGUCUUUGAGUGCAGGCCUGAACAUGAUGAUUUUUUUGUACCUCUCAUAGAGUCAUACAUGAGUAUGUGUGAGCCGCAAACAUUAUGUCACAUUUUGGGAUUCAAAUUCAAGUUUUAUCAGGAACCGAAUGGUGAGACACCCUCCUCUUUGUACAGGAUAGCUGCCGUACUGCUCCAGUAUAACCUCAUUGAACUUGAAGAUCUUUAUUUACAUCUCCUUCCCCUUGAUUCUAGUAUUGUUGAAGAACACAGACGUGAAAUUAUGGAGUCCAAGCAAAUAGCUAGAAAACUUACAAUGGUAGUGUUAUCCUCAGAAAAAAGUGAAGAUAAAGAAAAGGAAAAAGAAAAAGAAGAGGAGAAAGCUGAAAAGAUGCCAGAUAAUCAGAAGCUUGGUUUGUUGGAAGCAUUAUUAAAGAUUGGCGAUUGGCAGCAUGCACAGAACAUUAUGGAUCAAAUGCCACCAUUUUAUGCUUCUGCCCAUAAACCAAUAGCUGUUGCACUAUGCCAUUUGAUUCAUGCCACAAUUGAACCUUUGUAUCGCAGGGUUGGUGUUCCAAAAGGUGCCAGAGGAUCACAGGUUAGACCUUUGCAAAACAAGAGGGCACCAAAACCUGCAGAAGUUUUUGGAGACUUGAGAACUGAAGUCUUCAGUAUGCUUUGCUAUCUUGGUCCUCAUCUUGCUCAUGAUCCUGUAUUAUUUGCAAAAGUGGUCCGCUUGGGAAAAGCAUUCAUGAAGGAGAGUCAAGCUGAUGGAAGCAGACAAGACGACAAGGAAAAAUAUGACAUGCUCUUAAGCUGCUUCCUUAGUAUUGCUGAUCAAGUGCUACUGCCUUCCCUCACUUUGAUGGAUUGUAAUGCUUGCAUGUCUGAAGAGCUUUGGGGAAUGUUCAGAUCUUUUCCUUAUAAGCAUAGGUACCGCCUUUAUGGUCAGUGGAAGAAUGAAACCUAUAAUAGUCAUCCACUUCUAGUAAAAGUAAAAGCCCAGACACUAGAUAGAGCAAAAUAUAUAAUGAAACGCCUGACAAAAGAAAGUGUAAAACCUUCUGGACGUCAAAUUGGAAAAUUGAGCCACAGCAAUCCAACAAUAUUGUUUGACUAUAUUUUGUCCCAAAUACAGAAGUAUGACAACUUAAUAACUCCUGUUGUGGAUUCUCUGAAAUAUUUGACUUCGUUGAAUUAUGACGUUUUGGCUUAUUGCAUUAUUGAAGCUCUGGCCAAUCCUGAAAAGGAAAGAAUGAAGCAUGAUGAUACCACCCUUUCUAGCUGGUUGCAAAGUCUUGCAAGCUUCUGUGGUGCAGUUUGCCGAAAAUAUCCCAUUGAACUUGCAGGUUUGCUGCAGUAUGUAGCAAAUCAGCUGAAAGCUGGAAAAAGCUUUGAUCUACUUAUUUUAAAGGAGGUAGUUCAGAAAAUGGCUGGCAUAGAAAUUACUGAAGAAAUAACUAUGGAACAGCUGGAAGCCAUGACAGGAGGAGAGCAGUUAAAAGCAGAGGAGGAGCAUUUCCUUCCCUUCUCAGUGGUAGAAAAGACAUUUUUGCCUUUUCUUGUCACUGAAAACUUGACACAGAUGGUUGAAAGACUUUGGUUAGCAUGA